AUGUGUUGCAGUUGUUGUGGCGUUACUCAAGCAGAAAAUAUGGGUUUUCUAUUAGCCGUUGUGUUCAUUGUCUCAGGAUUACUCUUCGUUAUUUUGUGGACAGACUUUAUAACCGAUUAAUAUACAAUGUGAAUGCUGCCACUUAGUCCUUGCUCGACCACAUACGACAAAUGGGUGCAAACACCCACGGUCUACUUGUAUAUGUAUCUCUUCAAUUGGACAAAUCCGGACCAGGUGCGCACAAAUGGUGUUAAGCCAAAUUUUCAGCAAGUGGGACCAUUUGUUUAUAGAGAGGACAAGCUUAAAGAAGAUAUAACCUGGUAUUCAAACAAAACCGUCUUUUAUGGGCAGCGUACAUGGUACUUUGAACCCGAGAUGUCGGGAGCGUCGCUGGAUGACCUAGUAACUUGUCCGCAUCUGCCCUCUUUGGCCGCAGCGAGCUUGAUGCGAAAUGAAUCGAGAAUCCUCAAAUACGGUUUCAAUAUUGUCAAUAAUAAUGGUGGCGCUCUCAUCAAACACACACUGCCGGUGAAUGGCUUUCGAUGGUUUUACGAUCAGUUCCUGGACUAUGCUAUGAAACUAAAUAGUUCGUUGACUGGCGCUGUCGAUUCGAAUCAUUUUGCUUGGUUUCUUAAUCGCAACGGCUCUAAAGAGUUCGAGGGUCUCUUCACCAUACAUACUGGUCAAGGCGAUUUGAGUCAAAUGGGUGAAAUUAAAUUUUGGAACGGUGCAAAUCACACUGGCUUCUAUGAGGGUGAUUGCGGUCGCGUGAGAAGUACUGCCGAUCUGUGGGUACCGAAUAUUGGUCCCGAAGAGUACAUCACUGUCUAUAUUACCGACACUUGCCGCAUUAUCAAUCUGGUGCCAACCAGUGAAGUUGAAGUUGAAGGUAUCAAAGGGACUAUGUAUGAAACGAACGACACAUUCGAUAACGGUCAACGUAAUUCCGAUAUGAAAUGUUAUUGUCCACCGGAUAAACAACCCGACAAUUGUCCGGCGACUGGUGUGACCGACCUCGGUCCAUGCGCUUCUGGCGUACCCAUGUACAUGUCGCACCACAAUUUCAUGUAUGCCGAUGAGAGCUACUCAAGCACGAUAACUGGUCUUGAACCCGAUUGAAAACACAAUUUCUUCAUAGUUAUGGAGCGAAAACUGGGUAUACCGUUGCAGGUGAAUGCCAAUGUCAUGGUCAGCUUACAUAGAAACGACAGUGAUAUAACCAUAUUGCGUAACAUACCGGAGUUUUAUGCGCCGCUUUUUGUGACUAGUAAGGCUGUAGUCAAUAAGGCUCUUGCGAAGGAAAUCAAGCUCGCUUUGAAUCUGCCGGCAAUUGGAUUUUAUUGCGGAAUUGCUUCUAUAGUUAUAGGCGCUAUUAUUGGAACUGUUGGCAUAUACUUGACCGUUACUCACCGUUGGUAUGGAGAAGCUUAGAAUAAAUGUCUAAAAUAUUUUAUUGCUUUUAUUAAAUAGAUAUUAAAACUAUUUUUAUUAAAACUGUCAAAA